UCAUGUAGACAAGGAAGAAGUGUAGUGCGUGCUGCGUUGUAGCCUUGCGCACGCAUCGAAAAACAGCGAGCCAAGUAGAAACUAGUUCCCGUCAUGACAACCGUGACCGAAAUUAAGGCGGGACAGGAUAUCUGGUCAUCGCUAUACGUGCUGCCUGUGUCAGUGUGUCGUGUCAUGGACGUAUCUGAGUAAUACACAUUCAUGAGUGUGUUAACUGGUGAAAAACAAAAGCUACAAAUCAGCUCACAGCAUCGGGUCACGCAAAGCUACGGAAAAGGUGAUUACAUAUAACGAGACGCUACCCUUCUUCCCGGAGAUGGUGCAGCAGUUCUGGUCUGGCAAGAACAGCAUGGAUGGCAAGAAAAGGUCCGCCAGUAAGAAGCGUCACGCCGCCAGCCCUCCGUCUGACGCGGUCAGUGAGAAGAGGGCAAAAGGGACGUGAAGGCCCAGGUUGUGACGGCCAAGAAGGUCGCCAAACCUUCGACAGACGCGACAAAAGCAGGCUGUUUGCUGCUGAUGAUCGCGGGGAAAAAAAACGAGAACUCUGUCCCCGAAAGCAAUGCUCUAAAAAACAAUGGAAACAGGAAGACUGGUAAUUCUGCAAAAGUCGGAGCAAGGAAAGUGCUGUGUCAGUGACAGGAAGGAGAAGGACAAGAGAACACAAGCUGAUGUGGGCAACAGAAACAAAUUGGCGCCGGAGAAGAAGGCGGGAAAAAGAAAAGUCCGGCGUUUCAAAGAAGACGACAAAGCCUCGCAAGAGAAAGAAAUUCCUAGUUUGAAAUCGUUUCUCAAGCCGAAAAGGGAAGCCAGCUUGUUUGCCAGUGCCAUGGUGAACAUCUUGUUCGAGAAAGUUCCGUCGCCGAAGAAGGACAACAGCACCAGCGAUAGAAGCAAGAGAUCCUCGUCCAAGGCGCUCGUCCAGACUCCAAAAAGCUCGCACAAAAACGAUGCAGAAGAGGGAACAGCUUGGCCAGCAAGUCAAGAAAAAAGCGAUGGACUCGAAGAAGCUUCCCCUGCCCAAGAGCAAGAAGGCGGGCGGGAAGAAGGCAAACAGCUCCGAGGCAGAGAAGGUGGUAAAGAGAAAGGCCAAGACCUAGGAUGGCAAGUCUCAAUGCCCGGGCUCUAAUUGCAGCGGAGCGCGAGAGCCUGAAGCUGGCCCUGGAGCGCGCGGCGCGCACCGACCGCUACUGCGUGUCGUGGAAGCACAAGUCGCCGGCCGAGCGGAGCGCUGGUGUUCACGCGGAGACGGCUCGCUGGGUGGAGGGCCGUGGCGACACGUGCUGCAUUGACGCGACCAUGACCCCGGUUCCCGGUGUCUGCGUUGCCAGCAAGAAGGACCUGUCAGCCUCCACCAACCCAGUUGGCCCGGGCUCGUCGCCGGCGUCGGCCCUUCACGUGACGGAGGUGACUAACGCGAUGGGCGCCGUGCACCUUGGCCUGUCGCCUGGCUCUCGCGAGAAGGAGGCGGUGGCGGAGGACCGACCGUCCAGCGUGGUGGACGUGGUGGGCGCCCACACACCCAGCAAAGCUCCUGUCCUCAGCGCCUCCUCCUGCCUGAGCAGCUACGGCGGUCUCUUCCCGCACAGCGCCCCCUGUCUAUCGCCCUGCCCCGGCUACUCAUACUCGCACACAGAGGGAUACGUCACCACGUCAGGCUACCAGUCCUUUACCCUCAGUGGUAUCGGCACCCUGGGGGUACCUGUCGUCACGCCCACCUACCGCACCAGCGCCUUCAGUGUUCCUUACAACGCUUCGCUGCCUUACGGCUAUUACCCUGGAGGCUACUACCAGCCGGCAGCUGCAGGCCCACUACUGCCACAGCCUAUUGCCCAGACAUGUCUUCUGGCUCAUCACAUCCCUGUCAGAGUGCCGCAUGCCCAGGUGAAGGUGCUCAUCCAUAAUCCAGACACCCCUCAUGACCUAGCAGCCUUCUCAGAACGCACCUACACUGGCAAAUCUAGUGACUCUAACAACAACAGCAGCAGUGUCAACAAUGAUAUUGGCAAUAUUAGCAAUAAGAACAGUGGCAGUGUUCGAGGAAACUCCGCGUCAAAAUAUUCAGAAACUGAUGUGAGCGUCAUAACCAGUAGCAACAGUAAGAAAAGGACUUCUACUGACAAUAGUAAGUCAAAAAAUGUGUCUGGUAAGAAGAGUGCAGAAAGCCGAGUGGAACUGAAGAACAGAGAUGUUGAGAAAGCAUGCAAGAGAAAAUAUGAGAAGCGCAAAGCCAAAGUCACCAAGACUGAGGUUGAGGUGAAAGAGGAAAAGGAGGUUAAAAGGGAAGAACCUGAAGUACCCGACCAUGGGUGGAGGUGGAUUGGUGAGCCAGAAGUGAAGAAGAUUCCAAGCGUGAAUGCCGACAUGCCACCAGUUGAACGUCGCUGCUACAGCGCCAUCAGGCAUAUAGAUGGAGAUGUUAUAUUUUCACGGGACUGCGUUCUGCUACGUUCAGGUUCCCGCAAAUCAGAUGUACCUUACGUUGCAAAGGUGGCGGCUUUUUGGGAACAUCCCGAAUCAGGAGAGAUGAUGAUGAGCUUGCUGUGGUACUACCAGCCAGAGCACACUGAGGCAGGACGUCAGGCACAUGACCUUGAAAGCGAAGUUUUUGCUUCUCGUCACUGGGAUGAAAACAGUGUGGCAUGCAUAGACGACAAGUGCUAUGUGCUCACCUAUGAUCAAUAUUGCCGUUACCAAGGAGAAAUGCGGCGACAUGAAAACAAUGCAUUGCCACGUUCUAAAGUUGUACCAAUCCUGGAGAUGUUUGAAGGCAGCCAAUACAACCGAGAGCUCCCGGACCACGAUGUAGAUCCAGAAAAUGUGUUUAUGUGCCGCAAAGUCUAUGACUUCCGUCAAAAGCGCAUUUUGAAAAAUCCUUCUUAAAACAUUUUUGAAAGUGGUUUGUGUGAAAGUUUUGGUCUAUUGGGAUACAGGAACAGACAAAAUCAAGUUAAAGUUUAUGAAAGAUAAUGAUUAAUGAUCUUUUUUUGUAAACAGAAGUCUUAAUGCUGCAUGGGAAAUAACCUGACUUGUCCAUUCCUGUAAUUUGACUUCACUGGCAAGUCAAAAACUCUUUUGUUUAUGGGUCUAAAAGAAAAGGCUGAAUGAUGGCUUUUUUUUCAUUGUACAAAUAUUUUUCACACCUGUCAGUCUCAUGUAUAUGCUGUACAUGAUCUUUUUGGUGGGGGAGGGGGAAGGGUGAUGGUUAUGGAGAGUAUAGAGUAUGCCUACAUGGAUUUCUUUUUAUUUGGUGUUGUUUUGCAUUAACUCACCUAAAACAUGUCCUGCACAGCCUUAAUGAGUAUCAACUAUGCCCUCCUUUGGUGUUUUAAUGCUUAGCCUAGUUUUGGAAUCUUCCGUGUUUUCUUAUGAAAUUAUUUUAAGCAGUUUUUUUCAUAUUGGGCCUGCCAGAAGGUGUACAGUAAAACUCCACAUUUUUGUAUUUUGUUCUUAUGCUCAGCUUUGAGAUUUGCCAAUUUUUACAAAUUAAAUGAAUAACAGCAUUAAUUUAUGUAUAUGUAAUUUGUUUUUUUGAGUGCACAUGGGUGCUCAAGCACAAGGAUAUAUACUUAUUCUAAUUGGAUACAUUUAUAAAAGUUUUCUGUAAAAUUAUCUGUAAUUUCCCAACAGAGAGGUAAUGAAAUUAGCAUGCAUGAGAUUUUUAUUUAAACCACCUUAAACUUCUCUCAUGGAUGCAUGACCAAUGACAGGUAAAUGAAAUCUUAUAAGAGUUAGAAGUGCAUGCUACAGAGUUUUAUUAUUCAGCUUUUCUUAGCAGGGAUAAAGAAAUCAUGACUUGUUAAUGGACAUUUGAAAAUUGGGAUUAUUUUGUUGCUUGUUCAGCUAAACAGAUUUUUGAAAUAAAUACUUAAAUAACAAUAAAAGGAAAAAAAUUCUCUAUAUAAACAUACAGUCAAAUAAAUCUGGGUUGCAACCCAUUGUGCUCUUAGGUUUUAUUUUUAUUAGGUUUUUUUUUUGUUAGUUUAGUCCUUGCUACUCCUUGAGGAGCAUAGGGCCACUAGGUUUUUUUUUUUAGUUAAAUUAUAGCAGGGUUGUAAAUAUGAGUUAUAUUCAUAUAAGAGGUAAAUAUGUUAAAAGUUUUGGAUAAAGGUUUUGAUUGUGCAGCUGGAAUAAAAUCAUCUUUUCAUUUAAAAGUACUGAACUUACCUUAAUAUGCAUAACUGCCAACUCUCAUCUCCUCCGUUAAUAACAUUAAACAUAUAGAUUAAUGGCUGAAAAGAAAUACUUUUAUAGUUUACCCUUUAAAAUAACAGAACAUUUAAAAAGAUAAUUGAAAUAUAUUACAAAAGAAAUAGGUUUAAGUCUACAUCGAUGUGGUGUUGCAACUAGCCAUAAAUGAUUAGUAAUAUUUGUUUGCUGUGGAAUUGUGUGUUGUUAAUAUUUAUAUACUGUGUUCUAUGAACAUUUAUUUGUCACUCAACGUAAUAUUUGUGGAUCUUAAACUCUGUGACUGGGCUGUAUGGCAAUUUAUAUUUCCUUUUCCAUGAAAAUUUGCAGGGCAAUUCAUGCCAAAAAAUUAGAGAACUUAAUUGCAUGAAAAGGAGAUAUCGUUGACAUAGUCCUGCACUAAAUAAGUGUAAUAAGAUUGGACUUGCACAUACAAACUAUUAACUGAAUAGCAGAAAGAGCAUUUUGUAUUGUAUCAAUGCAAUAAAAAUAAUGUUGGCAACAUAACAAAUCAUAUUGUAUUGGUGUUGCUAACAAUAAGCACUCACGGUGGAAAAAAUGUAGAGAUGUAGGAAAUUUGCUUGUGUAAAGUAAAUAAAGUUGUGAUUGAGUAAAUGUUAUGUGCUUCUAAUUUUUUUUUUUAAACUCAUCCAUCAAAUCAAGCUAAGCCUUGUGAUAAAACACAAAUGGACAUAAAGAAUACCCCUAAAAUGAGUUAAUUUGUGCUUGAUAUCUGGGAAAUGCCCAAUAAUAGUGAUGCAUAAUAAACAGUGCAUUUUCCUUAGGCUGGAUGUGCAUGGCUGUGGAGUUGUUGGGGGAGUUGGGGGAUGGGGUUGGGGGACUUUUGCGGGAAAAAAUCCACAACACAAAUGUUCAGUCACGAAGCAGAGUUUUCGAGUUGAAGAUUGUAAUCAACAGAGAAGAGCGAAGUCAUAUUUUAUACUACUUAUUUGCCUUAUCGAAAGCCUAUCAUGUUGAGAUUUUCAUUCUGCUGACCACCCUGAAGUGUGAUAUGUUUGUCCAUCAGAUAGUGAAUGUGAUCUAAAAAAUUUUUUAAGGACAGAAUUAUGAAGAAAAAUUGUUGGAAUUUUGAUAUGAAUUACAAGCAGCUGGCAAUAAAUGGUGUGUUUGUAAAUAGACUGAAUCCAUGUGAAGUACAAUUGAAAGGUCAAAUGAAUGUAGCCUAUAUGAAUGAAUGAAUCCUAUUUUUUCUUUCUCUGUUCAAUAGCUAUCAAGACCAUCCACUAAUCUUUGAUCUUUCUUUAUGCACUUCAUUCAUUUACCACACCCAGCCCCAUGCUGUGUUAUUCUCAGGGUGUGUUCGUAAAUAUCCACAUGAAAGAUCUUGUCAUAAUCUCAUCUUUUAGUGUUUACCAUAACUCUGGCAGCAUUUCCUUAAGUCCAAGACUAUAACUUUUUCUCAUAAAGUUUUUGCUAUUCUGCUUUCUCACAUGCAAAGGUGCCAUAUGUGAUUAGAAACCUGGAAGGUGUUUAGCAUGAAAGGCUACUGAUGUAUGUUAAUUUCAAAAGGUCAAAGUGUUCAGGCACUUCAGUCUAGUCAAAUUUGAUCUGAAGUUACUCUAUAUGCUAGUGCCUUGCUCAUUUCAGAGAUUACUUCUAGUAUCUUGGUAUACCUUUAAAGAUCAAUUUCUUUCACAACUGUUUUGAUAGUUAAAAACAAGCAUCAAGAUUUUUUUAAAUGGAACAGAUUUAUUUUGUAUGUUAGGUAGUAUAACUUUUCUUUUCUUUUUAUUUGAUCACAUUGCAUGUUGAUCACAUCAGAAGUUGAAGAAAGCUUGCUGGGCUUUCCAUUUUUAGUUAUAGAUACACUUGUCUUCUCACAUUGAGACAAUAGUACUGUAAACUGGCUAGCUGAUUGAUGUUUUUCGCCCAGUCAGCAAUGUUAAUACAGCCCUGUAGACCAAUGCUACAUCCAGAGAGAUCUGACUCAUGGACAAUAAAUAAUCAUUACCCUCUUAGUGACAUCUGUAUGUUUCACCAUUGCAAGAUUGUUUCAUAACUGUGGAAGCUUGAUUUAGAUCUCUUUAAUCAGGAUAUAGAGGAGAUGGUCUUUCUAGACCAUUGUGUCUUAAAAGUAUAUUAACUGUAAAAAAUGAUUCUAUAGCUGUCACCAUCCUGGCUACUUUACACAGAGAAAAAUCCCUGCAUACGUAAGUAUUUGUGUGUGUGUGUGCACACGUGUGUGCAAGCAGACACAUGCACAUGCCCUUGAAUGUGCAGAAAUGUUCCUGUGUACAGAUUCUUUUUUCUUUAGAGCUGUUUGUAAUACUUCAUUCAUUUUGAGUUCUGAACUGCGGUAGAAAAGAAACUUGGUAAAGGUAUUGGGACAAGUUUUUAAGACUGUGUAAACACUGCAUCAUUGUGUGUUAAGCAUGCAGAAGGCUGAUAGUACUGAUGGAUAAACAGCAUCGAGUUUUGAAAUCUUUAGGCAAAUAGAUUAUGAUUCCUGCUUUAUGAUUCACACAGAAGCAGAUGAUUCAGCAGUCCCCUCCUUACACUAUUAAGGUCCUACAGGCUGGACUAAAGGCAACAUUUGUACCCCUGGCAGGGUUGGCAUGAAUAAAUAUGUUAUGGCCGUGGGAUCUUAAAAUCAUGCCUUAGAACCAUUCAUCUGAGAGUGCAAAUCUACACUAUUGUUACAGAACAUUUUGGCUUAACACAAAUAACCAUGUACUGGAUGAAAACAUCCAAGGUGCUUGGAAGGAUGGGAAUCAGUACUGGUUUGUGAACUUUUUUUGUGCCCUAAACUAACCAAAAAUGCCUCUCUUGUUUUUGUCACCAACCUAAUGCCAUAUGAUGAGAUAACAUUUAAUGACUCUUCGCACUAGUUGUGCAUUAUAAUCAUGCUUUUGUGUAAUAGUAUAUGGUAAACUAUGCAUUUUUCUUUUGAUCUGUACUCUAUAUUUUAUAAAUUUGUACUACUUUUUUCCUUUUAGUUUAAUUUUGCAAUUUAAAAAAUUUCAUGUAUGGGCCUAAUUAAAAAAAAUUUGUAUAUGCAGGAACAUACCUUAAAAUUUUAAGUUCUGUAAAAAUGUUCACCUAUGUUUUGCUCUUAGCAAUUUUGUGAUCAUUAUUUUUUGUUCUUCAAUGAAAACAUGGCAAGUAAAUAUUGCCAAAUGUGAAAUGUCUGAAACCUUCCAAAUUUGAUGCUUCUGUUAUAUUUUUGCUUCAGAUAUCUGUCUCAUUUUCUUUAGAAAUCAAUGCAACACAGUUUGAUUACAAAGCAACCUCAAUCAGCAGUCAUAAUAGGGAAUAAUAAAUGGAAGCAUUCUACUUGUGGGUGAUUUUUGUUUUAAUAAUGUCAUUAUUAUCUGUGCACUCACAUAUUUUUAGAAUUUAGGUAGUUUGAACUAUAGUGUCUAAUUUUAUGUGAUUUUUUUUUCUUGAUAUAAAACAAGAUUUUUAGCCACAAACAUUGUUUUUAAAAUCACAUUUUACUAUAUCUAGUGAUUAGCAUACAAUUGUGAAAAACUCUUUUGAAAGAUGAAUAGGAGGCAGUGUUAAUCUAGUGACAAUAAUUUUGAAAAUCAAUCCAGUAUAACCUGAUUUAGAAAAAUGUGUUUUGACUAUAUUUGUGUGAGUGUGAUGGAGCAUCUUUCCUUUCAAUGUUCUUUAAAAAGCUCAUUCCUGUGUGAGAUGGCUAUGCAAACAGGUUGCUUGUAGCACUCAAAGUCUGAGGAAGAAUAUGUCAUACACCACAAAAGUAGAAAAUAUCAAACUAGCAGUUUGCUUCAAGAGACCUUAUAUACUGACAUCAUUAUUUAAGCUAGAGGCAAACAAGUAUUAUAUUAGCAAAACCAUUAACAUCUAAAGAGGUUGGUGGUAGUAAAGACCAAUUUGCAGCAGAGGAGACUUUCAGUUAAAAUAUGUUCAGUUUUUGUAAUUGGCCAUUCUCAUACUUUUCAGCGCUUAAACUGCUUGACUGAAGAAUGUUGUGAUGUUUGAAAGCAGCAGCUGAUUUGCGUGCUAGUGACCUUUCUGGCUCAGUGAAGAGUGUUAACAUUUUAUGUUCCGGGUAAUAAACUGUCUGGGUUAUUUAAUGAAC